AUGGACGAUCUAGACCUUGCACCAACAACCACCGCUGCACCGGAGAGAAGAGAGCUUCCGGAGUUCACGCUGAAAAAUGUGGCCUUGGACAUUGUGCAUGGGCUCCAAGCCCUGGUGCUAAAUCCAGAAGCAAGCAAGGUGGUUGCUCCAAUCGUGUUCUUUGCUGAGAGUAUUGGCACCAAAGUAAUCCGCAAAAAGGUACCGUACACCGAGAUCGACUACUCGUCCUACAUGCAGCAGAUCGAGAAGAUUGAGGAAGGCGAGCUCAACUACUACAAGAUCGCGGGUGAUACCGGCCCUAUUGUCUACCCAGCUGGUCAUGUAAACAUUUAUUCGUGGAUGAAGUGGAUUACUGAGGGUUUGGAUGAUUUGGAACUGGGACAGAGGGUGUUUGGUUAUCUAUAUCUGGCUACUCUGGUGUUGACCAUCACCACUUAUUUUUCGGCCUCUAACGGCUCUGUGCCGCCUUGGGUGCUGUAUCUUCUCGCCUGUUCUAAACGACUGCACUCCAUCUAUGUUCUCAGACUUUUCAAUGACUGCUGGACAACUUUUUGCAUGGUUGGUACUGUGCUGUUGCUUCAGCAGGCCUCCUACUGGAAGUCCACCUCUGGGUUCCUCUCUGGUGUGAUCACUUAUGCCGCCGCAGACAUGUACAGUAUGGCCGUUUCCAUCAAGCUGAAUGCUCUGCUGUAUUUGCCUGCCGUUCUGUACAUUUUGUAUUUGCUCAGCGACGAAUGCCUGCUGCUGUUUCUGGGGCCAGUCGUCUUUGGACUGCUGGUCCAGAUCGGCAUUGGCUGGAACUUCCUUCUGCCAUUAGCCUCUGAUCCAGAGGCUCACGAGAUCAGAUGGGCAUAUUUGUCUCAAGCCUAUGACUUCAAGCGCCAAUUCUUGUACGAAUGGACUGUCAAUUGGAAAGCCGUUUCCGAAGAAACCUUCUCAUCUUCAUGGUUCCACAUUCUAUUGCUCGUGGUUCACGUUGGAUUGCUGUCCCUCUUUGUACUUACGAGAUGGUUAACGCCUGAAACUUUGGGAAAAUCCAGGAUACAGUUCUUCAAGGAUAUUUUUCUUUUCUGGAAACGUUCGGCCACUGCGAAGUCGAUCAUCAACGACCAUGUGCUCGGCCCUAAGUUCGUCUUCAUGACCAUGACCAUCACCAACAUCGUCGGUGUGUUCUGUGCCAGAUCCCUCCAUUACCAAUUUUUGUCUUGGUACUGCUACUCUUUGCCUUUUCUGUUGUGGCAGACGAAUUUGCCGUUUUAUGUGGCGAUCCCAAUGUACGGUAUUCAUGAAUACUGCUGGAACGUUUUCCCUGCCACUGAGCUGAGUUCAUCUGGUCUGUUGACUGUGCUAAACCUGACUCUUGCAGGUGUGUGGUUAAAUGACCAGCAAUUUAGUAAAGUAGUCGAAAAGAAGGAUGAUUAG